CUUCAUUUCAUGUUGUAUGAAGAAGUGGAAGAUGAUUUGGACUGAGGAAGAUGCUUACUUCGACGUCGAUCGAGGACCACCACCAGGGCAACCACGAUCGCAACUCCUCCGACACCCAUCUGUUGAGCUAGUUACUCUGGCGCGAAGAUGUGGGUCAAAUGGUGAUGUGGUGGAGAGCAGUUCGUCAUUGUUGUCUGGGGGAAGAAGAAGAUCUUCUUGCCAUCGAAUCGGAAUACGAGGAACAAUACCACCUCCCAGAAGAAAGACCUCUAGGUCGGCAGCAGCAGGCUCUCCAGGCUCAUCAAGAUUGCCCCUAAUACUGCCAGCAAUCGCGGCUUCAUUGCAACCAAUAUUUCUGUUCCUACUUGUGGCCCAGCAUCUCGAUUUGUUUCCUUUUCCGUCAAGAUUGCUGGUAGAGGCGUCACCCGCUCCUAUCUUCAACUUUGAGGCUUUGCCGACUUAUUUCCAUGGCGAGGAAGAGGAUCCUAGUCAUCAUGGGGUCGGGCACGGACGAGCGCUCACAGAAAGCGACAACAGUACCUGUGCUCACCUUUAUGAAGAGCAUAGUGCAGGAUGGGGACAGAUGAGGAUAGGGUACUAGUAGGGACGAUUCAUCACCACGAGUACUUUCUAUGUCUGACAUUACUCUCCUAAUUCCUAUGAUUGAGUAGCCAGGUGGAUGCUAAGUAGCAAAUAUUAAACUUAUAAAGGUUCGAAUGAAUGUGCUUUUUCAACACUUUCAUCACAACUCUCAACCCUCAGGUACGAAUAUGUGACGAUAUCUGGUGGAACAGCUACAAAAGUUUCGAGCUUCAACACUAGUGCUUACGAUACUCGAGUGCGCGACUUUAUCAACCGCUUAGAGCCUGAGGUUCUGAACAAGACUUUCUCGUUCUUACAGACUACGUUCCAGACGCGUCGCUUCACAACCAGGGAUAAGAUUUAUCCUGACGUCUAUCGGCAGAGCUGUUUGACCAGUGUAGCAACGUUUGAUGAGGGACAAACCACUGGCGCCUUUGUAGAGGAUGUGGAUUUCUAUUAAGGCUCAAAACAAUUCAUUUCUACAAGUUAUUUCUUGCAGUUUCCUUCUUGGGAUUCUGAAAAAAUGCAGGCAAGAAAUGAAACGUUUUAUUGAGCUCUAAUUCUAUGUGUACAUUGACCUGCAAGGGAGCGGCUGUUCGGCGUCGAGUGGGACGCAAGCUUAUGCGGGACCAUGUGUCAAAGACCAGUGUGGGAGACCCAUGUUUGGGACGGUACGAUAAGUUUAUCUCAAGAGCUGGCGCAGCAUAGCUAGACUGUGUACUUACUUUGUGCGGAGUAUUAUAGAAGCGAAAAACUUUACGUGUAAGUAAACCUAAGCAGAGCUAGCAACUUUUCACCAAUUAUUAAACAAACUACAUAGGUCACCUUUUGCACGCAGACUUCGAGUAACCAGGACAACGGAGGUUAUACGCAAGUUGUGACGCAGCAAGCCAUGGACGAAGUGGUCUCAACCUCUGUACAUGAGGUCAUUCACGCCAUGUACUUCAGUAGCUCCUUUUACGCGUAUUACCGCAACGAUCAGGGCAAUUUGAGAAUUAGUGCUGCUUCUGUUAAGGCUUGAAAGCUUUGUUCCAUUUUUUCAGCCCACCUUCAUUUUCGAAGAGUUUGCAAGUAGAAACAAGGGAAGGCAUCGCGCUUGCAAGGAGAAACAAAAAUAAAGGGGAUCAUGAGAUAAAAGAUGGAUGGUGGUCGUGAGCUCUAAUCUUGCGAUCGACAGUGUCACAACUACGAGAUACAGCUGCUCUUCUAGCGGAGUAACUUGGAACGACAACAGCGGCGGUAGCAUUUGGACCCACGACCUCUUUGAUUCUGAUGACGGCUCUUUGCAAUUGUCAGGUCAUGGCGGACACACGACAGCCGAAUGCACGUGCCCAACCUCGAAUGCGGUGAAGACGAAUCCAAGUUCAUAUGCGGUGAAUGACUGGUCGACAUGCUUGACUACGUAUCAAACAGAUCCGAAGUGUUUAUUCGACUUUGUGACGCCGAAUACGAGGGAAACGGCGAGGCAGUUUUUCAACUGUUCGAGUUUGUUAUGACUGGAUAGUUUUCCGAUUUUCUUUGUUCUGUCAAUCUGCUGUCUAGUCCUGAGAAUUCAAUUGUAUGAGAGAGAGCUAGACAAGGAACUCGAACAACCAAAACCGCUUCUAACUCCCGCCGGCAUGCCUUUAGAAAACAGUGACACGGGUAGCUGCAGUCCUAUAGCGAGCCACUGGGAACAGAGGAUGCUACAUUGCGAAUUGAUGGUGGCUUCUGGAGGUUUAGGGUGUGAUUACACCUGGAUCGCUCCGAUGACACUAGCACUAGCCGAAGAUAGCGGGUGGUAUAAGGCUGACUACAGCCGUGCGACUAAGUUUAUACCGAAUUUGCAUUGGGGAUAUCAAAGAGGGUGCUCAUUCAUCACUGGACGUUGCGCUGAUAAUGGUGUGGCGGUACUAGGAUAAGGUUUUUUUGGCUCGUUCUUCUCGUCUGGAUCCUUAGCAUGUUUCUCUUCCUGCAGGUUUGAAUUUCUCUCUAACAGCUGAGGAGAAGAAGAUUAAGUUGUUUUGUCUUUUGUUUGCCAAGAAUGACUGCACACGACCAGCAACAAACUCACUCUCACAAAACAAACAGAAUUUUCCGGAGUUUUGCAACACUGCGAAUGAAGACCGACCUUCCGCUCGUGCCCUUUCCACCCUUCGAUGUGCCCUGUCGGUCUACGGAAGUGCUUUGCCAGCGAAGUUUCAAUAUUUUCCAAGUAACACAGCGCAAGGAGGUGACACAAGUUUGUUAGACUAUUGUCCUUUCCGGAGUACGACGAUUACUGGGAGCUUUUGUCAGGAUCUGAGCAAGUUCUACUUCACGACCACGGGCAGCGUGUCAGGGACGAGCUACUACUUGAACUAUUACCACCAGCUUCCUGGAAAUUCGAGCUACUCCUUCAUGAGCUCACUGAGAGCGGCGGUUCAUAUCUGUACUGUAAAAUAAAUCUUUGGAACUGAACUUUCUUGCUUCUACUUGCAUUAAAUACUGCAAGGUCUAAUAGGAGAUGUGCUUGAAUUUUCUUGCUUCUACUUGCAUUAAAUACCGCAACCAAGGUCUAAUAGGAGAUGUGCUUGAAUUAGAGUAGCGAAAGCGGUCUUUGGAAUCCUGAGAAUUGAGUUGGCCUCUGUAAGUAUCUAGCUGCAUGAAGACUUCGUAACUACAUUAUCCACGCAUUAUCAACAUCCCAUUCUCAACAGCCGGCUUCGGUACGUUUCCGGUCCCUUCCUCUACGACGGCGAUUCCUGUCUGCUACCACACCGUUUGCAACAGCAACGACUACAAUGCGACAGAGUACACGAUCUACGGCAUCUCUCCAGACAUCCUACAGCCACAACAGACCGGUUUCAACGACAAUUACCGUGGGGCACUUGCGCAACUCGGAAUAUGUCGAUUAGCUUCUUCUACUUCGGGAGAUCAAUUUGGUUCUUAUCCUGGAUACUCGGGGACGACAGCAGCUACAGAGAUGGUUGCGAACUCGAAUCUGUUGUCGACGAUGACAUCCUCGGGCUUUUCGAACACAAAUUUGGCUGGGAGUAUCGAGUGUCAGCCUGUCGACAUUGUUUGCAACUACGAGCGGUCACCGCAUGUGACUGGGGGUCAGCAUCCGGUAGAAAGCGAAUUCGAUAAGCGCGUGACGGCGUCGGGGGAGGUUCUGCCGGCAGCAUCGAGUAGUAUAGCGACGUCGUCUAGUAGUGACUCGUCGACGAGUAGUGCAACGUCUAGUAGCAACACUUCGAACGCGAGUAGUGUCAAUGGAACAUCCUCUGCGGCUAGCAAUACGACUCCAAAUACAUCAAACAUGACAACAGCUACAGGAGUUCCAUCAAAUGUCAAUACCACAACGACCACGACAACCACCACUACGACGUCUACAACGACUACAACGUCGACGACCAUUACCACCACGACCACAACAACAACGACGUUGUUUCUCUGUCCUGAGGGAUAUGAUUCGAGCGGGCGGUCGACAGGUAGCAACACGUCGAACGUCACGGAAAACAACAGCAGCAACAGGACGAAUUACACCGGUUGUGUUCAGUCAUAUGCAAGUGGUAUUAUGUCCUUGCUGGAUGAAGAUGACAUCGAUUUAACUGGUGUGAAUGUAACCAACGCUAGUAAUGCAACCAGGAAUGCUACAACUAGUAAUGUAACGAGCAACGAGACGAUCAUUGUGAACACCACAACCACAACCACGACGACCACCACCACCACGACGACCAGCACAACGACGGAAACAUCCACUACCACAACGGCAACGACGAUAGCAGAGGUUGUGAACACUACAACGACGUCAACCACGACAACGACCACGAGCACUACGACGACGACCAUGGACCCAGAUGUCACAACAACCACCACGACGACGUCACUGCUGUUCGGCAUAAGUAACGAAGAACUAGCUGCCAUUGACCCAGAAAAAACCGAAGGUUUCGCAGUGAAAGCGAGUGCACAAUUGAUAAUGACGAUUCCUCAAGGAACGACAGAGGACAAGAUGCUUGCGGAACUAGGAGGGCCUUUGAAGCAAGGUCUUAGUGCUUUUCUGGGCGUCAUACCUGCACUGAUAGAGAUUUUGUCGAUGAGGUUUGUAUCGUCUACUUCACGACGUCGGAUGUUGCAGGAGCUUCCAGAUGAUGAUAGUUCUGGAAGUGGUGGCGCGCCUUUGAGGAGGGAGGUAGGAGAAGAACUAGCACGACUAGGUGGAGUUGGAGACGAUACUAGUACUGGGAGGUCUUAUGGGGCAGAUGCGUCAUUAGAGCAGCAAGAUCGAGAUAGCGCGCCUAGUGGACGCUUGUUACAAGAGCAGGAUCCCGAAAGUAGACGCAAAAAUCGUGGUUCAAAGAUAGCUGAAGGAGCUGCUGGGGGAACUAGUGAGCCUCUGGUAUCGAGGAGGAUACCGAUACGAGCAGGAAUAGAGGCCACACGAAGUAAAGAAGCAGAUAGAAGAAAGACAUUUGCAGAAACGACAAGAAGGAAAGUACUACAUGGUUCUCCUUCUACAACACCUACGACCUCUAGGACAGUCCGCACCUUGUCCCACAACGUCCCCAAGCCAGUCGAGUUUGAGUAUCAGGUGAAGGGUUUUGCGUCUGCAGCAGCAGCGUCAGAGCGUGCACAGUCUUUUCAGCUAGACACAGCUGCUAAAUUGAAUAGUCUUCUGUCCAACGUAACAACUGCUGUAGCAGCUGACACUUCCCUAUCUGGCUACGCAAUCACGGAGGCACGCAAGAGUACGACCACUGGGUCUGGCCUUCCGUCUGUGGCAGUGCUGUUGAAACCGACUACAACAACAUUGCCACCACCUCCGCCGCCGCCACCAGAACCGGAGUGGGAACUUGUAGGAUUGAACUGGUGGCAGUUUUUGAUCGCUUGUGGCGUCGCAGCGAUAGUGGCUGUGCUCUUUGGAUGGCUGUUCUACAAAUUCGUGCUUCCAAGGUAAUUAUGAUUUUAAGAAUUUAUAGACUCAAUCCUCGGUAUACUUGCGGCGUAUCAAUCCGCACUCAGGGUCAGGGGUCAGGACAGACACCUAUCGUUCUUUUACAUCGAAGAACUAGAAAUGUUGAAGAAUCUACUUUAUCUUGUGCUCCUUCUGCUUCGUGUAUGUCCUAAAAAAAGAUGCAAACACCAACUUUCAACUUUGUAUGACUCUUCAGGUGUCUCCCCGACCCGUCUGCCUUCAAAGAUUUCGGUGACGAGAAGAAGGGUGGCAUGUUCAGCAACUUGGGUGGAAUGCUCACGAAUAUGUUCACUGGCAACUCUUCAGACGACGACUCUCUCCGUAAACGUGACAUAGAAGAGCAGGUAGAAGAAGAGUCGAGCAGCUACAUGUCUACGGAUCCGCAGUGGGACGGACCGAGUCCAAGGAAUAACAUCGACAAGUUGCGUAUCGACUCACCUAGGAUGAAGACGAUGCCAGGACACCCUAAGCAUCAUCAUUGGAACAAGAUUGCGCCGACGCCGCUGUUUCUUAUGACUGGGAAUAUGAUUCUAAUUAUCUUCCUGGUCAACUAAUGAUUCUAGUUGACGGGCGGGGACGUUCAGUUAUCUCUAGUUGUACAGGUACAGCGUACUGGAUUCGAAAGAGAAGACUACAACAUGCUCUAGUAGUAGUUGAUAGAGAAAAGGUGAGUUCUCCUCAUGUUCGCACUCCUCUAAUCUUCCAGAAGACACUGGACAUUACGAACCGCCAGCGGCAGGAGUGCCGCUGCACCCGGGUCCGCGGGAGAUGAGGUUGUUGAAGGACAGCAAUCGACCAGGUCAGGGAAAAUUCAGGAUCUAAUAGAGAUCCUGAUUUGGACAACUUGAAUUUCUGGUGCCUAAGCCUAUGCACCAGGUUUUUCUUUGUUGAUUUUCAUACUUUCUACUACUAGGUGUGCAUAGAAAAUGUAUAGUGCAUAUUGCGCAUGAGCGUGCUUGUGCUUGUCUAGUAACUAAGUAAUCAUUCUCAAGUAACACAAGAUAAUCAUGAGAUGAAGCUUGCCGCAUAAAAUGAAAUUAGCAAUCAUGAUACCCAUUCUGGGUAUGCAGAGAAGUACCAUGUUGUUCGUUCCUCUUAAGUUACUUAGAUUCAGAAGGAGAUAGACACUCUCAUUCUUAGAUAGAGGUUGUAGAAAAGCUAAGAACGUAACUCGAUUGCCAUCCAGCCAACAGCUAGAAGUAGAAAAGAGUGACUUGAGAUUCCCUUUGCUAUUGUUUUCAUUUGGAUUCGAGCUCGGUCUCCAAUCAGUGAUAGAGGUGAUACAUCAAGCAACAAGCAGUUUUCCGCGUCAUUGUGCUCUCGUCAGACGCAGAGAAUUCUCCUCGGUAAAAGGUUGUGACAGGGUAAAAGGUUGUGACAUCAUUAUUCCAGUUCCGUAUAUUUGCUAGAGUCGCAGCAGUAGCAGUAGUAUCGUUUGCGUAGUUGGAGCGCCUGGCCGUUGUGCUUCAGGCUUCCCGCGGGGUAAUUGAGUGGAGCUAUUGCGGGAAAUUGUAGACCCAGGGCCAGGCACCAAAAAUAAAAGUCGCUAGUGGCGGCGUGAAUGAAUGAAUGACUUCCCGCAGUCUCCCUUGAGCUUAUUAUCUCUUCCCCUCGACAUCACGUGGUUAUCAAGUGCGAACCCCUAUGAUCCCCAUUCCUAUAACCAUGCAUGUACGCACGCACACCAUGACCCUCUUUCAGAAUGCUCACGGAACCCCAUUACCCUCCUCUUGUCCCAUAACAGAUGGGACGAACAUGAUAUUUAUCGAAACCCGAGACCCAAUCAUGUGACAAAAAGUUUGUUGUACUUUGCC